AUGUCUUACAGAACGAUAACUCGCCAUUCAUGGCGAGCCACAUGCUCCGUGCGUGGGUUCCAGCCAUGCUCAAUGGCCGCUUCACGGCGAUGGGGGAGCUCAAUCUCACAGCGGCCUGGUUCUGAUCGCGUACAUUUCCCGGGGGCUGUGAACAGUAAAUUUACUACCGACAUGUCUUUUCUCAAAUCUUCAGAUCUUCCGGCUAUCCCUACCUACAGAGUGAUUGACUCCGACGGUGAAUUGGUGGAUAAGACACGCGGACCUCCAGAUGUCUCAGAUGAGGAGAUUCUGACGUGGUACAAGAACAUGACAACUGUGAGCGUGAUGGACGUGGUGAUGUUCGAGGCACAGCGGCAAGGACGGUUGAGUUUCUACAUGGUUUCUGCCGGAGAAGAAGGAAUUGCCGUCGGCUCCGCUGCCGCAUUGACACCGGACGAUGUAGUUUUCGCUCAGUAUCGAGAAACCGGCGUCUUCCAGCAACGCGGCUUUACGCUCAAGGAUUUCAUGAGCCAGUUAUUUGCCAAUUGCAAUGACAAAGGCCAGGGAAGGAAUAUGCCCGUGCACUAUGGUCAAAAUUAUCCUCGCAUUCAUACAAUCUCAUCACCCCUGGCAACUCAAAUCCCACAAGCUGCUGGAGCUGCAUACGCAUUAAAGAUUCAAGAUCUACAAGAUCCUAACCGGGAGCCACGCAUUGUCACCUGCUAUUUCGGCGAAGGUGCAGCCAGUGAAGGUGACUUCCAUGCCGCACUCAACAUCGCCGCAACCCGAUCCUGUCCGAUCGUGUUCUUAUGUCGGAAUAACGGUUUUGCUAUUUCCACACCUACCCUCGAGCAGUACCGCGGUGACGGAAUCGCUAGUCGAGGUAUUGGAUAUGGCAUUGACACGAUCCGUGUGGAUGGUAAUGACGUCUUCGCCGUCUACGAAGCAACAAAAGAAGCAAGAAAACGAGCACUAAGUGACGGUGGUCGCCCGGUCCUUAUCGAGGCAAUGAGCUACCGGGUUUCUCACCAUAGUACGAGUGAUGAUAGCUUUGCUUACCGGGCUCGCGUCGAAGUGGAAGAUUGGAAGCGUCGUGAUAACCCUAUUAUUCGAUUGCGAAAGUGGCUUGAGAACAAGGGACUUUGGAGUGAGGAGCAGGAGAAGGAGACUAGGGACUCAAUUCGGAAAGCUGUGCUGAAGGAGUUUAGUGAGGGGGAGCGUGAGAAGAAGCCUCCUCUUCGUGAGGCUUUUACGGAUGUUUAUGAGGAUAUCACUGAGGAAGCUCGUGAGCAGAUGAAAGAGCUUAAGCGCAUUCUGGAAAAGUACCCGAAUGAGUAUGAUCUGCGGCCUUACAAGGAUGGUGUCAAUGGACUGGAUUAA